UAGGGGCUUCUAUAAUUACGGUAAGUCACUCCUCUAUAUAUAAGGCUAAACCUAGCUCUUAAUUUACCCUAGCGCCACAACAGAAAUUGAGAGCACUCACAUACCGCAGCAGCCGCAGAGGGAACAAAAUGACUUUCAAGCGCAGGAAUGGUGGGCGUAAUAAGCACGGGCGUGGACACGUCAACUUCGUAAGAUGUUCAAACUGCGGGAAGUGCUGCCCAAAAGAUAAGGCUAUCAAGAGGUUUCUGGUGAGAAACAUCGUGGAGCAGGCCGCUGUUAGAGAUGUGCAAGAGGCCUGUGUCUAUGAUGGGUAUGUUCUGCCCAAGUUGUAUGCAAAGAUGCAGUACUGUGUUUCGUGCGCAAUUCACUCCCGUGUGGUGAGGGUUCGCUCUCGCACUGACCGCAGGAACCGGGAGCCACCAAAGCGUUUCAUCAGACGCAGGGAUGAUAUGCCAAAGCCUGCUCAGGGUGCUCCUGGAGCUGCACCUCGUCCAGCUCCUGGACUUGGAGUGGGGAAUCCCCUACGCCCAUGAAGUCAUGUUCUUCCAUUUUCUAUUAUGCUUUCCUAGAACUUGAGUACUG